AUGAAAUAUUGAAUAAAUAUAUUGUUGUUGGACGGGGUUUAUGGUUAUGGUUAUGGGAGACAAUAUUUAUGCAAACGUUGAUGCUGGUAUGGUUACGACUGGAUUUUCAUCCAUCGGACAAGGUAGACAAGAACCUUACGUUGCCGGACAUGUUUAUGAAAACACGUUAUCUGCGGGUAAACCAUAUGAAAAUGCACGAUGUCAAGAUCCACCAAAAAAGAAAAGACGUUGGAGAUCUUUGGCUCUAACAAUUGUCAUUGUAUUGUUGGUGGCAUCCACUAUUUGUUCUCUUGUGCUGUCAGCCUGGGCUGUCGGAAGUUUGAAGAAAGAAAUCAUAAAUAUCACCAAUCUCAACUACAAUGUUACAAAUAUGACACUGAAUGAAACAGAAAACGGCCAUGUUUCAGAUAUCACCAAUCUCAACUACAAUGUUACAAAUAUGACACUGAAUGAAACAGAAAGCGGCCAAGAACUGGACGCCCUAACAAAUCAACUUCAUUCUUUACGAUCUCAAAUUUUAAAUUUGCAAAACGGUUUCACGCGAGUAAGACUUCAAAGUGGUUGGUCAAAUCAAGGUCGUGUAGAAAUUCUUCACAACGGCACAUGGGGAACAAUUUGUGACGAAGGUUGGGAUAAUACUGACGCGAGUGUAGUAUGUCGCAUGCUUGGAUACGAUCAUGCCUACGCGUACUGCUGUGCAAUACACGGCGAAGGAAGUGGACCCAUAUGGCUUUCCGGGAUAGAUUGUGAUGGAACCGAGGAUAACAUUGCAUCAUGUAAAAAUCUUGGCUGGGGUAAUCAUUCCUCAUGCACCCAUAAUAAUGACGCAUCUGUAUACUGUAUUUAA